CGUCGCUGUUGCGCACCAGUCCAGAACGAUACAUGAGCGCGAGCGGAGGAGAUUAUCCGACCCGUUUCCUGUUUACAAAGGAUAAUAAUACUUUUGUUCUAUUUUAAGAAAAAUCUGGGAACGUUUGAAAUCGUUUUGUUCCGCUCUUGAAGUAUUUUAAUUAGAGUCAACAGUUUUAUUUUGGACAGCGCUCGAUCAGUGUGACGCAUGACGCGAUACGCAAAUAAAGAGUGAUAGUGCCGUAUUUUAUUCUUUAUUUUAUACUUUACAUUAUUCGCAAACAUGGACGAGAAGGUAUUUACGAAAGAAUUGGACCAAUGGAUCGAGCAACUGAACGAGUGCAAGCAACUCUCGGAAAACCAAGUAAAGAUUUUAUGCGAGAAGGCUAAAGAAAUUUUAUCCAAGGAGUCAAAUGUCCAAGAAGUGCGUUGCCCAGUUACAGUAUGUGGAGAUGUACACGGCCAAUUUCACGACCUAAUGGAGCUGUUUAAGAUUGGGGGUAAAUCACCAGACACUAACUACCUUUUCAUGGGAGACUAUGUGGAUAGAGGUUAUUAUUCAGUGGAGACGGUCACACUGCUGGUGUCUUUAAAGGUUCGAUAUCGAGAGAGAAUCACCAUCUUACGUGGGAAUCAUGAAAGCAGACAGAUCACACAAGUCUAUGGCUUUUACGAUGAAUGCCUGAGAAAAUAUGGAAAUGCAAAUGUUUGGAAAUAUUUCACAGACCUCUUUGACUACCUUCCACUUACAGCUCUUGUAGACACACAGAUCUUCUGCCUCCAUGGAGGACUGUCGCCUUCAAUCGACACACUGGAUCACAUUCGCGCAUUGGACCGAAUCCAAGAAGUUCCCCAUGAGGGUCCCAUGUGUGAUUUACUGUGGUCCGAUCCAGAUGACCGCGGUGGCUGGGGAAUUUCCCCCAGAGGGGCUGGGUACACAUUUGGUCAGGACAUCUCCGAAACAUUUAAUCAUGCCAACUGUCUGACACUGGUGUCACGAGCUCACCAGUUAGUGAUGGAGGGUUAUAACUGGUGUCAUGAAAGAAAUGUGGUGACGAUCUUCAGCGCACCUAAUUAUUGCUACCGAUGUGGAAACCAGGCGGCCAUCAUGGAACUUGACGACACGCUCAAGUAUUCCUUUUUACAGUUUGACCCAGCACCACGUAGAGGAGAGCCUCACGUCACCCGACGCACUCCAGACUAUUUCCUUUAGGAGCGGAAGGCUUUGAAGCAGAAUUACAUCAAUGAUCCACAUGCUCACCUGUGGCCGAUCGCAUAGCCGCUAAGUUAACAAGACUUUGCAGGGCUCGCAAAAUGUCAAAAUCCCUGGUAGACCUUAGACCAGGUACCGAAUUACAUACACUAUGAUUACUUAACUAAAUCUGAGAGAAUGCAAGGACAUUAAAAAUAGUGUUUCCUCCCUAAGAUAGCCCGACGGGCAGGGCGAGAUACAUUUUGGUAGCCGACAGGAAUUUACAAUUGCCCCGGGACGUCGGGCUAGCGAUUUUGCGAGCCCUGCUUUGUCUUAAUAACUAACUAGUCUGACCAACUAGCAGUAAGUUAGGGCUAAUCCAACAUACUUUAUAAAUUCAAAUCAAGCCAGUCUGUAUUUUUAUGUAAUCGACUUUACGAUCAGUCUCCGAGAAAUAAAUUCGAUUUGUAAUGGUGCAUUUCCAUUGCAUAGUACCCCACGGGUCGGGUCAGCUUACUUUUGGGGGCUUUUCCACUGUGUACAGUACGUAGUACCUGAUAAUUCUUUAGUAGCACCUUGGUGGAGGUUCCAAGCGAGCUGACCUGAUACUAAAAUGUGAGGUGAAAACAUGAAGAUCACUGAUAAAUCAUCAAUACCAGUAUCAUCGCUAAAUAAGAAUAUUCGCAAAGUACAUGUCCGCAUGUAUGCACAGUAUUUUUUGCAGCUUCGCGGAGCGCGUCGACUGACGCCACAAGUGUUUGUAUAGAAACUGUCUUGUGAGACAGAUAUAGUGAUAAACGCGAUUUGCAAAUGUUUAUUUGUGGUGGUCAAUUUUGAUUUUGUGGCGGACUGACAAAUAAAUGAUUGUAUGGGAAACCCUGCAUUCCAAUGAUGCUCACUCCCUCUUUUUGUGUGAUGUCACAGCAGUAGACAGCACAAAUAUAACUGUAAUCCCUCCCACUCUGAACUGGUAUUAACCUCAAUGGAAAAGCUAACCGAGCCAAAGUAAAGUGAGCUGACAUGACCUGACCCCCCUUUGGGUUAUAAUGCAAUGGAAAAGCGCCAUAAGACUAGUCUAGCAGUUUAUGCAACCAGUCACCAUUUAGUCUUCUGAAACUUAGCAGGUCGGUAAACCCUCUGUCCUUGGACCAAAACAUGUGCCAUAUCUGUAAUGCAAUAAGAUGAGAAUACAUGCAGUCAUCUCAGUAAGUACACACAAACUCCCAUCUGCACUACACUGUGUGUUUUCCUGUCACUGGUUUUUUUUUAAUGAGAAUGUAAGGGUUUCUUCAGACUACUGGGUUUAUGUGCAUUCAUCUGAAGUGCCAUGUGUUUUAGGAUAAGAUUUUUAAUAGACACUGUCAAUGCUUUUGACCGGAUCAUGUACAAGUGGUGGCAAGCUUAAAUCAGUGCUGUGUUUAUUAUAAUAUAACUGAAUUUCUAUGCUGCAUGGCCUCGGGUAAACGCUGAGCUCUCAUCUAUCUGAACUCAUGCAGUAUUUUCUUACAGCACUUUAGUUUUUAAUCCUUUUAAAUUAUUCUUCAAGCACUUUUUCCAAGGCAGUAUUUCUUGUUUUUAGAUCAGCUGUGUUUUCUGUGUGUUUGCUUUCGUAUGUAAUUGCAUUAUUUCCCUGUAAUUUGUAACUGAGAGCACAAUUAUUACAAACAUACGGAUUGGCAAUAAAGAUUCAUGAUAUUUAUAUCAAA